AUGUGUAAUUCAAACAAUUUCAGAAAAUACUAAACAGAUGGCUUUUCAGUUUUAUUAAUUCUGUCUCCAUUUACAAACCAAUGGUUUUUGUUUUCCUUUUUCUUCCAUUAAUUCUGUUCUGUUCUUGCUUGUUCUAUUCCUAAUUAUAUGAUCUAUUUCUUGCAAUUUUCCAAAGUUCCAUAUUAAUUUCUAGCUACAAACUGAGCGAGAAGCGUAUUUAUGUUGGCAUAUAUUGGUUUUUGAAGUGAUAAUAAUAUGCAUUAUUACUUCUAUUUGGUUAAUAUAAGACUUAAUGGUCCUUGUUUUGCCGAAAGUUGAAAUAUCCAGGUGUAUAUAAUUUUUCUGGUUACUAAAUGCUCCAUUUUAAACAAUGUUUUUUUAAUUACUUCAUUUCAUUCCCUUCUUAAAUAUAUACUACUUUUUCAAUUGCAUUUUGCAGUACUCAUGAUGUAGGUGUUUGAAUGUUUGAUUACUGUUUCUUUGUUAAGACCAGGAGGAGAAGGUAGAAAGCUAGCUAGAUUAUUAAGGAUGAGAAAACACAUAUUCUGGUGUAAAAAAUAGCAGAAUAUUUUCUUCUAAAAAUCCUAGUAUAUGUCUAUAUACAAUUGGCAAAUCACCAUGCUAAAGCAUUUGGCUGCUUCAAGACAUUUAAAGGGCAUCCCAGUGCCAAUUUCAACCUUACCAUCUUCAACUAGUGAAACAACAAUUACUUGCAGAGGAAUAAAUAGCCUUACAGAUACUGGUCGAAAUGAGCCAAAUUUUGCGCUAUCGAGUGGUUUGCAGUCAAAUUUAAACAGUGCGCAGCCUUCCCAGAAAGAAGCUAUUGGGAAAAUGGGGUUGGAACAUUUCAAUUUGAAACCAACAAAACAGCCAGAAAAGAAUGUAGACAAUCUAUUUGAAGGAAGGUUGCUGCAGGGUGGGCUUGUUUUCCAGCAAAACUUCUUGAUUAGAGUAUCCGAGCUUGACUCAUUUGGCAAAGCAUCAAUAAGGGCCUUGAUCAAUAUUUUACAGGAAUCAGUAUUUAACCACUUCAAAUAUGCUGGGAUUCUGUCUGAUGAUUUCAGUUCAACACCGGAGAUGAAAAAAAGAAAUAUGACCUGGGUUGUUUCUAGAAUGCAGAUUGUGGUGGAUAGCUAUCCUUCAUGGUCUGAUGUGAUUCAAGUAAAAACUUGGACCUGUGUGUCAGGAAGGAAUGGUAUGCGCCGCGAUUGGAUUGUGAGUGAUUUCAACACAGGGGAAACUCUGCUUCGAGCAGUCUGUGUGUAUGUGAUGAUGAAUAAGAGGACUAGAAAAUUGUGCAAGUUCAUUGAUGAAGUCAAGGAGGAAACCAAGGGCAUUUUUAUGGACACUGCUGAUCCAAUCAUCAAUGACAACGAGGAUGGCAGAAAACUAAGGGAUUUGGAUGUUGAAACUGCAGAUAUUGUCCACACAGGUUUAUUGCCCAAAUGGAGUGACCUGGAUUUCAAUCAACAUGUGAACCAUGUAACAUAUAUUGACUGGCUUCUUGAGAGUGUUCCUCAUUGGAUUUUAGAGAGCAAGAAGCUGUCAAGUAUAACCUUGGAAUUCAGGAAGGAGUGUGGGAUGAACACUGCGCUGCAGUCUAUAUGUACGGUUGCGAAAGAUGGCUCUACAAAAAAUGAAGCGGUUGAGUUGGAGCACACUAUUUGCCUUGAAAAACAAUCCCACAUAUUAUUGAGGGGAAGGACAUUGUGGAUGCCAAAAAGAGCUUAAUGAGACAAUUUAAAACAUGGGUGGUUUUGGUAUGGAUUGAAGCAUAAUAAUGGGAUUAAUGGUUCUUCUUAUCCUUGUAUAUAAAUCAAAGACAAUUGCUUGGAGAAGAAGAUGCCGGGCUUGAAUUUAGUAUUUGUACUAGUAAUUGUUUUCCUGCAAGAAUACCAUGGAUAAUUCCACUCCUUACUUUAUGGAGAUUG